AUGGACAGCAACGUAGCGAUGAGUCUCUCGGGCCGCAUAGUGGCGGCCAAGGCGUGCGUCGCGCUCGUUCUGGGCAUGUGCUCGUUCGCCAUCGCGCUGUUGCCGCUGAAGUUCACCGACCGCUGGCGUUCGUCCGCCGAGUACACUACCAAUCGCAUCUCCCGGAAACCGACGGCCACGUCGCUGCUGCUGUGCUUCGGCGGCGGUGUGCUGCUGUUCACCGCGCUGCUCCACCUGCAGCCGGACGUCCGGCAGUCGUUGCGCGCGCUCCAGGCGGCCGGCCGGCUGCCCGACACCGAACACCUCGGCGAUCUGAUAUUCUGCAUCGGGUUCUUCGCGGUGUUCGGCGUCCACGAGGCCACGAGCCGGGCGCGCGUCGUCUUCGAGCGCAGAACGGGCGCCGUUCGCCCGCCGCAGAAAUCGUUCCACUGCCUGUACGUGACGGUGGUGGCGCUGUCGUUACACGAGACGUUCCUGGGCCUGUCCGCCGGGCUGCAGUCGGUGGCCACCGCCGGCGGCGUGUGGGGCGCGUACGCCGCGGCGGCCGCGAACAAGCUGAUCGUCGCGUACUGCCUGGGCCAAGAACUGGCCUGGUCCCAAGUCCGGAAGCCCGCGAUCGUCACGUGCGCAGCGAUGUUCGCCGCGGUCACGCCCGUCGGAGUGGCGGUCGGCAUGGCGCUGGCCCAGUGCUGUAUCGGCGGCGCCGCCGCCGCCAAGACACCCGGCGUCGCGGAGGUGGUCACGCAAGGGCUGGCCGCCGGCUCGCUGGCGUUCGUCGUGUUCUCCGAAGUGUUGAUCAGGCAGAAGCGGUCCGGGUUAACGCACGUGUUGGCCACCGCCAUCGGGUUCGGUGUCAUGCUACUGCUACAGACUUUCACUCAUCGCCAACAAUAGACCCAAGCAUGAAAGAUUUUUAUGACAAUCUACAUGCUGAUGUAUCUCGGAAAUACGUUUUUUUUUAGAAUUCUUC